AUGGACGCUGAGAAAUCCCGAACGCUGUAUGUUGCUCUCCAAAGCACUGGCAUCGUAGAGCUGUCAUUCCAGCCCAAUGUCCAGGAUGCAGGUCAGGCUCUCUCAGUCAUCUCAACGUUUUCUGACGCUGGGAAAAUGCCUGGCUGGCUCGCGUCGCAUCAAGAUAAGAUAUACAGCAUCAGCAGAUUGCACUACCCGGAUGAAUCGUUCGAAUCUGGGGGCUUGUUCGCCUUUCGGCAGUCUGCGACUUCUAGUAGCUCGGAGCCCGGAAAAGGCCUGAGUUUGAUCAACGAGCAGCGCAGCACGGGAAAAGGGGGCGUGCAUAUCGACAUUAGCCCGGAUGGAAGAGUUCUCGCCGCGGCGAAUAUCAGCGGUUCCACGGUCUCUUUAUUUCCGUUGUCUGAAGAUGGCGCGACCGGAGAGCCGACGUUCACUGUUUCUUAUGACGGAGAAGGGCCGAGUGUCAAUGACGGAAAGGGGCUUGCGAAUCCACAUGAAGCCAGGUUCGACUCGACUGGGAAAUUCCUCUUCGUACCGCUGCGAAGUGCUGAUAAGCUGGAUGUGUACUCGGUGAAUGGUCUAGAUAGCUUGACGAAGGUCCAGUCCUUUGAGCUUCCACCCAAAACUGGGCCGCGCCAUAGCGCGAUACAGAAGAUCGACUCCACGACGUCUUACCUUUAUCUGCUGAGUGAGAAGGAUAACACUAUUCGAGUGUUCAACCUCAACUACAGCCUCAGUGAACCAUUGGACAAAACAACCCUCACAAUCAACCUCAAGCAGACCAUCCCAUUGUCAAAGACGCAGCCGAACCCACACCAGCGGUUCCUCGGCGCAGAAGUCGCCGUCAGCGACGAUGGGAAAUUCCUCUACGCGUCCAACAGAUUCUACCCGGUCGCCGACUUCGACAGCGACACGCUUUCCAUCUACCGCAUUGAUACAUCGAGCAAAGAAAACCACUUGACGCCGAUCGGCUCGAGCAAAGUCCUUGGUCACUCGCCGAGGAUGUUUGCACUUUCGAAUGAUGCCGGGAACCAAUUUGUGGCAGUGGCGAAUGCCUACGAGCAAGAGAUUAUUGUGUUUGACAGAGAUGCUGAGAGUGGGUUCUUGAAAGAGGUGCGCGGGAGAGUGAAGCUCGGGGAAGAUGAUGUGACUUUGAGAAAGGGGCCUGUUUGCGUUCUGUGGACGUAA